AUGCAGGCCAAACUAUGGUGGUGUCCUGCUCUCAUCAAUCUCCGACGUGCCCUCCAACGUGCGCCACGCAAACUACAUCGAGCACGAAAUCAAGAGGAGGAGCUGGCAGCAGCAGAGGAGAUGCGAACCGACAAGUGCACCAACCCAGCGGCAGCACGAGUGCCAACUCUGCAACUAGGAUCAACAAGCGCAUCGACAAACUCCCAAAAGUCACUCCUCUUCCAGCAAGUACUCUUCCCACCUCCACCAGUUGCUCACCUGGACGACAUCAACAAUACAGCCUAUGACGAACCACUCGAAGACUUUGUCAUUCGGGAGAAAGAAGUGCUCAACACUAUCUUCCAAUUCCCGGCCUACAAAGCCCCUGACCGUCCGGAGUCAUCAACGCUGCCAUCGAAGCGCUCGGCCAUCAACUCGCCCCUAUCAUCACCAACAGUGUCAACGCAAGCCUUCGGCUGGGCCACUACCCGGAAACCCGACUACACAGUACCCAAGGCCUACCGGCCCAUUGCGCUAGAAGAGGCCCUCAGCAGCGUCUGCGAAGCAGUCCUCUCACGCAAGCUCUCCCAGCUCGCUGAGACUGCCAACCUCCUCCCUCAAAUGCAAUUCGGCGCAAGAUCGGGACGUACAACUACCGACGCCAUCCUAUCUCUGACCAAAUGGUGA